AUGCGUUUGUUCAAGGUUUCAACUGUACCCGAUGGACACGAAAUUAUCAAUCGGGUCUUCAUCGGAGGACUUGCUCGCGAUGUAAGUUGAGCAUAUUUUUAGAACAUCCUCCAGAAGUGUUAUUUACUUUUAUGGUUCUACUGGAAGUAUCCGAUCUUAAAGAUCUCGCGUUUAUCAUUCGAAUGAUGGUGUAGUUGUUUUCAGUUGCGAACGUAUAAUCGUAAGGUACAUUUCGAAGUUCAUUCUGCCCAGUUCAAUUGUGCAUACUAUUGCAAAGCAGAGUUUAAGCUUAACGUCAUUUCCUUCAGAUAAAGAACUGCACAUGUUUGUAUUUUUGUUUGUUUGUUUGUUUGUCUGUUUGUUCUUUGUUUGUUUGUUUGUUCAAUCUCAUUUGUUACGAAUUGAAGUUGUGUUAGAAGUGGCCAUUUCGCCCCCUUGUCGUACACCUGUUCAUGUAGUGAACUGUAAACAGACUUUUUGCUCAUUUUAUUUGCAUCGAAAGAUUAUUACAAUAUAUUUAACAUUGAAGUGAAACGCAACAGUAUCGAAUUUAGAUAUUUUUCGAAAUAUUUUUUCAGCUAUUCUGACAAAAUUAGGUAAGUGAAGGCGUUGUCGAUCGGCGGCCUUGAAGGUACAAAUAGGUAGUCUUCUGGAGAGACGUAAUUACAACUUUGGUUGUAGAAACUGAUUUGGUAUAUUUGUGGAAUAAAAUAGCUGCGUCAAUUCUUGCUUAUUAUCAAUUUAGCCAAAAUUUCAAGCUAUGUCUGUGGCUCAGUCUAACAAACCAGUUUUUUCCUCUAACAGACAAGCGAGUUGGAACUCGAGAAUUUCUUUAGUACGUUUGGUGAAGUGACGGAUGUUCGCAUUGUCUGCGAUAGGAAAACUGGCUUCAAUAAAGGGUAAGUUAAUUCAAGUGAAGAACUAAAUUUUCCAAACAGUAAGUUCCACUCAGUUAUUUUUUCUGUCAACCAUGAAUAUGCAAAGGAGAGAAGGCGUUACAGCGAGAACGAUCCCAAGCUCUCGGUUCAUCGCGCCACCACCGGUAACUCUUUGACCUAUCAGAGGAGUCGGGUCGUCAGCAAGGCGCCUUAAGGUACAUCAAGACAUUGCGAUAACGGCGCCGUCGAAGAAACGUUGGAAAAAAGACCUGUCUUUCAGUUGCUUGAACCAAAAAUUUCUCUAGUGGCUAUAACUAUGUUCAACGUGGCUGUGAUAGCGUUAGAGAUAUCCUCGGCAGAAUAGUUCAAAGAAAUGAUUCACCUUUUAAUCAAGAAACUCAAAAUUUGGCCGUCAAAUUAAUUUCGCUUAUGACUAGGAAAGAAAUAUACACUGUGGUUUUAAUGUGCGUGCAAUGCCACAGUUGAGCCAGUUGUUAAUUUCGGCUGUUUCGUCAUCGUCUCUGUUUGCCUGUAAGAUCGUAAUACAAUCAUUUCGGAUGGGAGGCCUUUUCUUUUUCACGUAGGGUCAGCAAUUUAGCGAAGGUUCGCUCUUUUAAAAACAGGCGUAGAAGCCCCAAUAUGUGAACUGAACAUGGCAUUUAGCCUUUGAAAUAAAUGACUUCUGUUACAUUUCAAUGUUGAAACCGGUAUCCGUGACUCUGUCGAUUGUGUUUCUUCCAGUGGCACGGAAAUUUUUCUUUUCUUAACCUAACGUUCUCUCUCAAGUUUUUAGGGUUACAUACGUCUGUAGUUUGGAAGAUGUAUUUUUUUUGUCUUUUGCAGUUACGGUUUUGUUACAUUCAACACAACGAAAGCUAGAGAUGAUCUCAUUGAAAAGGUAUCUUUAUAUCUGUUUUUUGUUAGUUAGCCAUAUCUAAGUGAAGGUCUAUAAUAUAUGAAACAGAUGCAGAACUUACAAGCAUCAUUCAAAGAAGGAAAAAAAAUAAGCUUUAACCCUUUCACUCCCACAAGUGACCAAGACAGAAUUUCUCCUUACAAUAUCAAUACAAUAUCAAGCAGGUAGGUGAUGAGAAUAGAGAAAAAUGUCAAUUAUGGGAUUAUACUAGGAUUUGAUAUAUCUUUUUGGAAAAUUUUCAGAGAUUAUUUAAUGGUCUUUGAUGGAGUAAAUGUCUUUCAUGAUUGAUCUGAAUAGCUUCUAAGUCCCAGAUCUGAGCUUAGUAUUCUACAGUUAAAUGACAACAGCUGUGUAUUAUUUGGAGCUCACAACAUGAAUCACAUGCUACUUACAGUCCCUAAAUAUCCUAACAUAUUACCAGCCACAAAACUAACGGAGAUAGCAGUUGGUUAUAUUAGUUGUGUUGAAUUGACUCCUGAGUGUGCAAGUCCAAAGCACACAGCAGCAUAUAUGAAAUCACAGUGUACUGAGGGGUAGAUAUCAAUUUUGUGUUUGAUAUAACAAUAUUAUUCAGUAAUCUCUACCAAUUUAGGGAACAAUUGAUUACAAGGGUGGAAGGAAACUGCGCCUCCGAAAAGCAGUGAAAAAAGAGGUAAGAAUCAACUCAAUACAUGGGACUGGCCCCAAUAAUAAAGAAAAACAAGAGUCAUUUUUUGGUUUAAGCUCCUAUCCCUCUCAAGUGCAAAUAAUUUAGAUGACAAUUGUUUUUUUGUUACAUUAAAGGGGUUCUCCCUUGAGUACCAGAACAAUGUUACAACAUCUCCUUGAUUUCUGAACUGUGUAAUAUGAUGUUCUAUAAAAAUGUUUUAUUUUUUAGACAGGGGGACAGUUCUUUUCCACAGGAUCCAGUAAUCAAAUAGGUUAGUUCGGGUUGCACAUGGUGUAGAUGCAAAAAUUACAGUGAUCACAAUGGAUACUUUUUGGUCCCAAGUUGUUAAUCACUCACUUCAUGUGUUUUUUGUCAUUUAUUACAAAACAAUUUAGAGUGUUAAGUCAUGAGGCUAUCUUAACACAGGAGAAAAAAAAAGUACUCUAUUCCUUUAAUGAAAGAUAUCCUGUUUUCCAAUUUUAAUCAUAGAAAGUGUGAUGUCAGAACAUCACUGUGCUUACAAGAAGAAAAAGAAGCUACAAAUUAUGAAAAUUAACAUUUGGAGAAUAAUUUUGUAUAGUACAUCAACAUAGCUUCAUUAAAUUUUGACUGAGGCAUUAUGUUUUGAUUUCUUAUUCAGGGACACAACCACAACAACUGGUUCUUGUGCCUGUAGAGCCAAACAUGAACAUGAAUAUGCCUCCCUUGAUAAAUUGCAAUGCG